AUGUCGCCAACCAACGCCUCGGGAGGCCCAUCUGUCGCACCACAGGCCUUGUUGUGGUCAUACGAACUAAGUCGCGAGAACAAUACCCUCAUCGAGCAUAUUGAAGAAGUGGAGAGCCAGCUCCUCAGAACAGAAGAGCACUCUCGCAACCUUGAACAAUAUCUGAAAAGCCUCACCAACCUUGUCGCUGCCUUCGACGUGAUCAAGGGAUCUAAUAAUGCCCAUACCGAGGAGCGUCUGCGGCAUCUUCAUGAGCAACUCAAGAAUACUGCUCUUUCCCUCUGUGAAUCCGACCAGACGCUUGCAGAUAAGAAUAAAGCCUUGCUGAAAUGUAUCGCGGAGCUCGAUAAAAUCUGCAGCAUGCCAGAAGAUGCAACCCCCGAGGCAUUGAACUACCAACCUGCAUCCGUCACAGACCUGGAAGAUCUACCUCCUACACGGUCCCCCAUCGAUAUCUCCAUCCCUCUCCCGCUCCCCACCGUGAUAGUCCAUGCCCCAUCCCCUACCAACCGCCUCCCCUCCUGGCUCAUCCCCGAAAUAACAAUGACCCUCUCCUCAAUGUCCCAAAACAACCGCUCCCUCGAAGCCUACUACGACGAAGCCAACUACCUCCGCCGCCAAUCCCACUCAACCCACGUCGAAGACGAGAUCCUUGUCCGAAGAUUCAUCUCAGGCUGCGACGACAGACUCUACCGUCGCCGUCUCGACCAUGCUGUCAGAAACGGUCAGAUGAACUGGACCAGGUUGAGCCAUGAGAUCCAGCACUUGCUGAACGAGGAGGAGUACAUGAAGAAUCAGAAGUUUGCUCUUGCGCAUCGGAAUGAGGAUGGGUCGGUUUUGUGGCCGGAUGGGUCCGUUAGACAUCGGUUUAUUGCGUAUUUGCCGUUUACAGAGGAUGAUCUUACGACUUCUGAAGAUAAUGUGUCUUCCUCGGAGGAUGAUUCCAAGGCGAAGAGUAUUUGA